AUAUCCCCUAUGCCGGCAGCCUCAAUCUUCCAGUUCAUCACGCGCUUCUUCCAAGUAUCUGACAACCCGGAUCUGACCGAGGAAUGGCUCAGCUUUUUCGGGGAGGAAGCCAAGGUCGUGAUGGGCGAGAAGGUUGCUGAGGGGAAGGAUGAGCUUCGUGUCCUAAGAAAGGGAAUGUGGGAAAAAGUCAAGACGAGGAAGCAUACAGUUCAGAAGGGUGAUGGUGUCCUGAACUUGGAGUUUAUGAUAUAUGGGACUGUGCUUUAUACGUUGAGGGAGACAGGCAAAGAGGAGAAGAUGGAUUGGGCG